AUGAAACAAACGCGCAUCGCGAAUCUGCGUCGCGAGCUAGAUGCGGCAGAGGAAGAUGUGUGGCUUCGAACGUUGGCAUGCAAUCGACCAGCGUUCGCGAAGGACGUUUCGCUCGAUGAAAAAUGUCGCGCCUUUGAAGCGCUAGAGCGAGCGCUUCGUUCGGAGACGCGACAGAUCGCGGCGUAA